AUGCGCGCGGUCGCGGCGGCGCUCGCGCGGGCGUCGACGCGGGCGACGCCGCCGCGCGCGCGCGAGCGGGCGCGUCGUGGGCGUCGAUUCGUCGCGACGCGUGGAUGGACCGGCGGCGGCGGCGCGUCGCCGAACGACGAUUGGGCGCGCGCGCGCGGUGGGGAGAAGGGGGCGCUGGAGGCGGGAUUGUACUUGGUGGCGACGCCGAUCGGGAAUUUGGAGGAUGUGACGAUUCGAGCGCUGCGGACGCUGCGGGACGCGGACGCGAUCCUGGCCGAGGACACGCGAACGACGAGAAACCUGCUGAACGCGUACGGGAUAGCGACGCCGUUGGUGUCGUAUCACGCGCAUAACGAAGCGCGGCGAAGGGAGGGGACGUUGCGACGCUUGGCGAGCGGCGGGGCGUUGGCGUUGGUUUCGGACGCCGGGAUGCCGACGGUGAACGAUCCGGGGGCGGAUCUCGCUCGAGCGGCGGCGGAGAUCGGGGUGAGGGUCGUUCCCGUGCCGGGACCGAGCGCGGUGUUGGCCGCGCUCGCGGGAGGGGGGUUGCCGACGGAUGAGUUUACGUUUAUAGGAUUCCCGCCGCCAAAGUCGUCGGCGAGGACGAAGAGAUUGAAGAGUUUUGCAAAGGCGAACGCGACGUUGAUCAUGUUCGUGCCCCCACACAAGCUCUUAGGGACGCUCGAGGACGCGGUGAAGGCGUUGGGGAAUAGACGGUGCGCGGUGUGUCGGGAGUUGACCAAGGUGCACGAGGAGUUUUGGCGCGGGACGCUCGAUGAGGCGCGCGAAGAGUUCGAGCGUCGGGCUCCGCGAGGGGAGAUAACGCUUCUCAUCGAGGGAUACGGAGACGGUAGCGCGUCUACCGCUGCGAGCGAUGACGAGAGCGAUGAGGACAUUCCGAGCGCCUCGAGCGUCGAGGAGGCGCUUCGAGCGAUGCUCGCCGAUGGCUAUUCGCCGUCAGAGGCGUCGAGACGCGUCGCCAAGGAUCUGGGCGUUCGAAGACGCGAUACCUAUGGAGUCGCCCAGAGACUUUCGGAGGAGAUCAAACGUUAA